UGAUGUGUGCAUGUUGCUAUCGACAGCCCUCCACUUUGCACUUUCAGUGGUGGAGAAAUGGUUGUAGGUCCCCACACAGUAAAAUUCUUUUCAAAUAAAUAAAUGAGCUCGGAGAAGCCUUCAUGCUUUUAGUAUUUACCAUUGGAGUGACACAAUGGGCUGGAUAAUUACUACGGCAGUAUUCUUGUCAGGGUUAAACGCUUUUCUCUGUUUUAACAUCGAUCCUGUGGCUUGGAAGACGUUGACUGAACGUGCUGCAGGUUUUGGAUACCAGGUGGUGCAAAGGCGAUCAGAUUUGCUGGUCAGUGCUCCUCUUGCACAGUAUUCACCAAGUGGAAGAGGACAGAUAUAUAAGUGUACCGAAUCAUGCACCCAACUAUCGGUUCCUGAGGCUGCGUUUGCAGUGAACAUGUCUCUCGGUUUGACGAUGGCAAGUGAUCCCUCCACACAAAGAACUUUGGCAUGUGGUCCAACCAUCCCAAAGGACUGCAAAAGUAUCACCAUGUACAGUGGAACAUGCUGGCAGAUAGACGAUUCUGAUCGAGUUACAGGCCCUGUACCUUCUUCUAAUGGCGAUUGCAGGUCAGCAGACGUUGCAUUUCUGUUGGAUGGCUCUGGAAGCGUAGCAUCAUCGGACUUUCAAACAAUGAAGACUUUUGUAAAAAAUCUGGUCCGCUCACUUCUGCCAGCAGACACAAGGUUUUCCAUUGUCCAAUUCUCCAGUUCUCCCAAAAUCCAUUAUUACUUCGGUGACAAUCUGAUCUCUGAAACUGGAUCAUGGGAAGAAAAAGUUGAUGGGAUUAGACAACUAAGGGGAUAUACUUUCACAGCUAAAGCUAUCAGAUCUGUGGUCAAUGACGUUUUCACACCAUCAAAAGGUUCCAGGCCAAAUGUGAACAAAGUGUUGAUAGUCAUCACCGAUGGAGAAUCUAACGACCAUAACGAUUUGUCAAGUGCAACAAGUUUAGCUGACAACAAAAAGAUUGUUCGAUUUGCUAUUGGAGUGGGGGACGCAUUUAACAAUGAUCGGGCAAAGAAUGAACUGGACACCAUUGCAUCUACCAAAGAAAACGUAUUUCAAGUGGAAAGUUUCAACGCACUUGACAAAAUAAGACAGACUCUGCAGGCCAAACUCUUCUCUAUUGAAGGAUCACAAACAAGUGGAGAGUCACUGAAAUUGGAAAUGGCUCAAGAGGGAUUCAGUGCAGCUUAUGUGCCUGAGGGAAUUCAAAUGGCUAUUGUUGGUGCUAAUGAGUGGAAGGGAGGCUUCCUCCAAUACUCAAUGUCGACAGGCCUCAAGACAGGCUCCUAUGAGGCUGAUAUAGAGACUGACAGUUAUCUGGGUUACUCCAUGGCCGUUGCUAACACGAUGUACGGCACGUUAACAAUUGUCGGUGCUCCAAGAUAUAAACACAGAGGAGCCGUGAUGGUAGUUCACCAAAACGUCCUCAGUGAAACGAUUGAUCCCUUUCGCUGGCAGUUUCAGAGUGGUGAAUAUUUUGGGGCUGUUGUUUGUGCGAUGGACGUGGAUCUUGACAGCUACACUGACUUAAUCCUCAUAUCUGCCCCAAUGUUCAUGGACUCUGACAGAGAGGGAAGAGUUUACGUUUGCAGCUUGACUGGUUUGGAUGUGGAGUGUCGCUUAGACUCUCCAUCAGUACUGAGAGGGGAGGUCUCUGACAAAGGACGGUUCGGGUCUUCUCUGGCUGUACUGCCUGAUCUCAACACCGACGGUCUCAGCGACUUGGCAGUUGGAGCGCCUUUGGAGAACAACGGCCAAGGCAGCAUCUACAUAUUCCACGGAGAAGGAGGAGUAGGAGGAGGAAUCAGCUCUUCUUACUCACAGAGAAUUGCAGCAUCUGAAGUCCGGUCAUCAUUGAGGUUCUUCGGCCUGUCGAUCAGUCAGUCGUCUUUUGACCACAGUGAUGAUGGGCUGCCUGAGUUAGCGAUCGGUUCAAAGGGUGCAGUUGUCUUACUAAGAUCCAAGCCAAUAGUGAUGGUGGAAGCUAAAGUGUCGUUCAGCCCAAAUCGAAUCUCGACUCAAAACUCUGCCUGCUCAAAUCCUUUGGAGAUUACAGCAGAAAUCUGUUUUAACAUGACCAGGCACUCCAAAGUAGACAAAGUUACAGCAAAGAUUAGCUACAAUCUAACGCUGGACGCCACUCGCAAAGUCCCAAACAACCGGGCCUACUUUAACGGGAAACAACGAGAGACAAAAGGAACAGUUCAAAUUGACUUAAUUCGGCCUGUAUGCAACACGGUGAAGUACUUUGUUCAGGCUUGUCCAGAAGAUGCUCUAAAUGCACUUUCCAAUGAACUCAGAUUCGCCUUUGAAGGUUUACCUAUCCCCCCAAAUCCCAGUCCUAGUCUCGCCCUGCAGGCGCAGAAAACCACCGUACAUCCUUUGGGGUUUGAGAUCAAUUGCGGCGACGACAAUAACUGUGUUGAUGACCUAAAAGUGGAUUUCAACUUCACCAAAUCCUUAGAGGUUAAAGUGGGCAUUGAUGAACUGUUGGAUGUCACCGUCUCAGUGGAGAACAGAGGGGAAAACUCCUACAACAGCCGGGUCAUCGUCUCAUAUCCAACCGGACUCUCUUUCAGGAAGUUUACACCCCUGCAGGGGAGAAUUGAGUGCAGCUCCUUGGACAGUGAAGAUGGUGUAACGAGAGGGAAGACGGACUGCACUGUCGACAAGCCUAUUUUGAAGAGCGACUCCAAGGCGUUCUUCAUCAUCUCCUAUGGGAUUGACACUGGAAGCCAACUUGCUAGGAGCAUUUCUUUCUCUGCAAAUGUUACCAGUGGGAAUCUGGAUCACUCCAGUUCAAGCAAACUCUACAGAAACAAGGACAUUGAUGUGAAGUACAGCAUUUUUGCUACGAUUGAAAGCUCCCUCAGCUACAGCAAUUUUUCAUUCGGCAAGAAUAAUCUACACAAACCAGUCCAACAAUCCAUUGUGGUUACAAAUGAUAUCAGAGCGCUGAAUUUCACUGUGGUGAUUCGGGUGCCCGUGAGGCUCGGCGAUAAAGACAUCUGGGCGGAUUCCAGCAGCUUGCAGAUUCCAGACUGCCAAAGAGGCUUUGAUGAACAACCUAAAGGCACAGGUUUUAUUGGUGAGAUACAGAAAAACAAGUCAGUGGACUGCUCUGUAGCCACGUGCACGGUUUUCAAGUGCAGUAAGCUCAUGGGACGACUGGAGAGUAAAACGUACCAAAUCUCUGCCAACCUCAGUUCUGAAUGGAUUGAGCAGAUUGGACUUCAAUCUGCCAAAUUCCUCUUGAUCAGCACGGCCAGUCUGGAGUACGACAGAAAGCAGUACAUCUUUUUCUCAACGGGGUCUUACAACAACCCCCCUGUUCACAAGAUUGAGGCGGAGGUAGAAGUGUAUGCUGAACCAGACUUCACCAAAGAGAUUGUUGGAGGAUCGCUGGGAGGGUUAGCUCUCCUGGUGCUACUCACUGCUGGCCUGUAUAAGGCUGGAUUCUUCAAGAGUAAAUACAAGGAAAUGAUUAACGAUAAUGCAGCGGAUCCAGGGGAAGAUGGAGAUGCAGUCACAACAGAUUAAUAUAUUUAAAGCGGUGCAGAUGUCAGACAGCAGCUUUCUUUACAUAAAAUAUGUUCAAAUAUAUAUUAUAGUCUGAUGAUUACAACAUCUACAGCACUGCCUGCGCCAACUGUCAUUGCUUCAUUUGUUUCAUUAAUCCGUGUUCUAGCAUUUUUAUAAUAUUUUCCCAUUCAAGUAGAAAACUUUAGCUGGUUUGGCAUCACUCCCUCACUCUGUCAUUUGCUAUUUCCAAUAACAUAGAAUAUAGGGGUAACACGAGUAUAUCUUGGUUAGGAAGUAGUACCCAGCGACUGCUGUACAGUCUAACCCAGACACGGGCAAAUAUUUAAAAAAACUAACAAUUUUAGUAGCACUUCAAAAGGAAACUUACUCAUACCAGGGCUUCACAUUAGCACCCGCCCACCCGCCAAAUGUGCGUAGAAUCCGGCUCAGCGUGUAGCUAGCUGUUAGCAGGCUGAAGCUAACAGACGUGCGUGGAGAUGGAGACCGGUUUAACGGCUCCGGGCUGUUCGGUCGGCCAGCAGAGAUCCGUGCGGACCUGCCUGCUCCGUCUUCUGGCGGCAGCGAGCGUUUCCUCGGCCGGACGAGACAGUCCGUUACAGCAGGCUCCUCAAAACACGACUGACACAAUAAACUCAUUGUGCAGGUUCCGAAGCUUCCCGCGCCGACCGUGAGACGCGCGCAUUUCCACCAGUCCGCACGCUGCACCUCCCGAGGAGACGGCGUUAAACCGUCUCGGCCACCGUACGUUCGUUACUAGGCAACGUGGAGGCGCGAACACACGUGACAGGUGGAGGCUUUUGAUACAACUGCUACAGGUGCAGGUGGAGGGAAACCUACAAAGCCUGCAUUUGUUUUCAUACAAAAGGAGCUUUACAAACUUAUAUGAGCUGGAGAUUUGGUCACUGUACAUAUACUUUUUUGUAGUCUUGAUUUGGACGUUUACAAUGGUAAUUUACAUUUGAAAGGAUUGAUAGUUAUUUAAAGUAAAUUGUAGCAAUAAUAAAGACGUUCAAGUGAGGUUUGGGCGCAGUACUUGUUUUUAUGAUGUUUGAUCAGUCACGUUACGACAUGUUUUUAUAUUGUUCAUGUUCGUGAAAAUUGUUAAAUUACCUUGCAAAUAAAUGCUUUGCUACUUUUAAAAGCCAAA